UUAGCAUGUUUGGACAGAUGGCAGCAUUGUGAGAGAGUGAGAUUUCUGAAUUUCUGAAUAAGAAGAAUUGUUUGUUGAUCUAGUAAAACAAUAAGGAAAAGGUACUCGGAAAAUUUUAAAAAAUGGGGAAACGCCAGCAUCAGAAAGAUAAAAUGUACUUGACAUAUACAGAGUGGUCAACAUUAUAUGGUGGAAGAAAAUCAGGAACUUUAGAAACCAGCGAAGAGAAAACAUUCAGACGAUUACCUUACAACCAUUGUUGUUUGAGUCUACAACCUUUUGAACAUCCUUACUGUGAUGUACAUGGCAAUGUGUUUGAACUGGAAGCUAUUUUAGAGUAUUUAAAACGGUAUAAACAUAAUCCUGUAACAGGCAAGCCACUGGAUGCAAAGAACCUUAUUAAAUUAAAUUUUCACAAGAAUGCACAAGAUGAAUAUCAAUGUCCUGUUCUUUACAAAUUGUUUACAAAGCAUUCACAUAUUGUCGCCAUCAAAACCACAGGGAAUGUGUUCUCUUAUGAGGCUGUUGAACAGUUAAAUAUAAAAACUGCAAAUUGGAAAGACUUGAUGAGCGAUCAGCCAUUUAUACGAAAAGAUAUUAUCACGAUUCAAGAUCCAAACGAUGCAAUGAAAUUUAAUCUGUCCACAUUUCAUCAUAUUAAAAAUAACAUAAGAAUGGAAGACGAAGAAACAAUAAGAGAACGAAAUAAUCCAAACGCGAAAUUGAAGACCGUUUCGACAGAGACUAAAGAAAUUUUAGCAGAACUUGAGAGAGAAUACAAACCAGCAAAAACCAGCACAGAGGACACGUCUAAGCAAAAAGCUGACAAAUUUAAUGCUGCACACUAUUCUACUGGCGCGGUCGCUGCUGGAUUUACUUCGACGGUAAUGCCAGCAGAGACUACUCAUCAAGCGGCGAUAAUUGCGGAGGAUCUAGUGCGAUACGAGAGAGUUAAAAAAAAAGGAUACGUAAGAUUAUUUACGAAUUUCGGAGCCCUGAAUCUAGAAUUAUUCUGCGACCUGGUUCCAAAGACCUGUGAGAACUUCAUCAAACAUUGCCAAAACGGUUACUACAAUGGCACAAAGUUCCAUAGGUCGAUACGAAAUUUUAUGAUUCAAGGUGGCGAUCCAACAAAUACUGGUAACGGCGGCGAGUCGAUUUGGGGUAAACCGUUUGAGGAUGAAUUCAAGCCAGUUCUGUCUCAUCUGGGCAGAGGUAUUCUGUCCAUGGCAAACUCGGGCCCGAAUACUAACGGAUCUCAAUUUUUCAUCACAUUCCGCUCGUGCAAACAUCUGGAUCGCAAACAUACGGUCUUUGGAAAGAUAGUCGGUGGUUUCGACACGUUGAACGAGAUCGAGAAGGUAGAGGUAGACAACAAAGACCGGCCGAUCGAGGAUAUAGUUUUGCAGAGCAUUCAGGUCUUUGUGGAUCCCUUUCGAGAAGCCGACGAACAGCUCGCAUCGGAACGUGCCGCCGAAAUGGAACGACUAGCUGAAGAGGCGAAUCAGAAAAAUUCAGCGGACAAGAAAGACAAGAACGAAACUCAUAAAGUUUACCGGUCCGGCAUAGGAAAAUAUGUGAAGCUAGAGCCGGAAAAGUCGGACAAACGGGACUCGAACACGGAGUCUAUUGCGAAGAAGAAGAAAAUAUCCCUGACGCAAACAUACGGAGAUUUCUCUUCGUUUACGUUUUAACAAAUUAUAUAAACCGUCCGGUAUAGUACAGGGCGGUCACUGAUGGAAGAGACGCAAUCGAGCCGGAGCCUCCAUGUUUGAUGUUCGGCGAGUGAGUGAACGAGAGCGAGCGUGUGUGUGAACUGAAGCGGAGACGAC